AAGCAGACUGCUUCUACAAACAUUUGUGAAAGACUGUGCAAUAAGUCCAUCUGUGAAAUUUCCUUCCUACUAAAUAUUCCACAGUUAACUGUUAGUAGUAUUGUAACAAAGUGGAAGCAACUGGGAACAACAGCAACUCAGCCAUGAAGUGGUCAGCCAUGUAAAAUGACAGAGGGGGGUCAGUGCAUGCUGAAGUGCACAGUGCGCAGAAGUCGCCAGCUGUCUGCAGAGUCAAUAGCUAAAGACCUCCAAACUUUUUGUGUGGUCUUCAGAUUAGCACAACAACAGUGCGUAGAGAGCUUCAUGGAAUGGGUUUCCAUUGACGAGCAGCUACAUCUAAGCCUUACAUCACCAAGUUCAGUGCAAAGCGUCGGAUGCAGUGGUGUAAAGCACGCCGUCACCGGACUC